GAUCAUAUAGAAAUGGUUGAGUGAUAGGCUCAUAGCUAUUUUUAGUUUAUAAGCUUGCGUGAAUGUCUAGCGUAUUUACUUACACUAUACCUCUUUGCAACGUCGUAGGACAAUGGCCGACAUUGUGUGGCAGCAUGGCAGAAAGGUCAAGGGUGGAUUCAAAUGCAAUUAUUGUGGCAGGGAGAAGAGUGGCGGAGGGGCAACAAGGUUCAAACAACAAUUGGCACAUAGGGGAAGCGAUGUGGCAGACUGCCCGUCGGUUCCACCAGAUGUGAAGGCAUACUUUAUGGAGCAGUUGGAAAGGAAUAAAGAUAAAGCAAGAGAAAGGGCCCGUCAAAAGCUAUUGAGGGACGCAGCAGCUAGGUCAUCAAACGUUGACGCAGAGCAGCUGGGGGGCGAGGGGUACGAUGAGGACGAAGAGUUGCAGGAAGCACUACGACAUUCAAGGCAGGAGUACGAGUUCAUGCAACAAGCUGGCCCAAGAUAUGAGAGGGGUGGUGGCUCCGGAUCACGAGCUCGAGGUAGUGAUGUUCGGGGCAUGUUCACUAGGAGCCGGUCACAUGUCCCUGAGAGGGUUAGGGAUUACCACCUUGGGUUGAGCUCGGCUCCACGACAACAACGGAUAGAUACUAGUCCAUGGACUGUGAAGGGGAGGACUAAGAAGGACCUUCUUGGGAGGGCAUGGGAAAAAGCUUGCCAUGCUGUAGGUAUUCCAGGACGGAAAGUCGAUGACCCUUACUUUAGGGCUGCCAUCGUGGAGACACAAAAUCAAGGUGUUGGCAUCAAAAUACCAUCAGGAAGGGAUAUUGAUGGCAAGUAUUUAGAUGAGAAUGUGAAGGAGAUACAUAACGAGAUAGAGAAGUGGAAGGCCGAGUGGGAACAUUGUGGUGUCACCCUCAUGUGUGAUUCCUGGACCGGGCCUAUGAGGAACUCGGUUAUCAAUUUUUUGGUCUAUAGCGGGGGCACCAUGUAUUUCUUGAAGUCGAUUGAUGCGUCGGGUGAAAUACAAGACCACCAAUUCUUAUUACAGGCGAUCAAAUCACAGGUCUUGAAAGUGGGCAGUGAGAAUGUUGUUCAGAUAGUGACUGACAAUGGAUCGAACUAUAAAAAGGCAUGCAACAUGCUCACUGAAGAUUUCCCUCACAUUGCAUGGCAGCCUUGCCUUGCCCACACCAUAAACCUUAUGCUGAAGGACAUAGGGAAGUGGCCAGAACAUGAAGCAACCAUUGGAAGCGCGCAACGCAUUAGCAGUUGGCUCUACAACUCAAACCAUCUUCACAGCAUGAUGAGGGAUGCUAUUGGUGGGGAGUUGGUCAAAUGGAAUGCAACUAGAUUUGGGACCAACUACAUGUUUCUUGAAAGCAUAAUGAAGAAGAAAGACCAGUUUAUGUCAUGGUUAGUCUCACCUCAAUUCAGAAAUUCCCGCCACUUUCGUACGCAGAAUGGAAGGUACUCUUUCGAGUGCAUGACUAAUCUUGAUUGGUGGACCAAUAUGGCAAAUGUGAUCAAUGAUGUCGAGCCUCUCUACAUUUAUCUUCGAUUUGAUGACCAAGGGAAGACUAAGAUUAGUCCUCUACAGAGACAAGGGAAGAGAACCAGAACUGACGAUGAGGAGGUCGUUGGUAGUGAUGACAGCACAACUGACCCUAGUGGUGAUGACAAUGACAAUGGUGGCAGUGAUGGCAACGACGGUGGUGACAGUGAUGGCAACGACGGUGGUGCUUCGGGUUGGCAGCACGAAGGUGCUAUUGUGUUUACUGGUGAGGAGAACUACACCCAUGCCACACAAGAUACAGAUCAUGGAGCACCCGUAUCACAACGACAGACAAGAUCUGCACAUACACGUGGUCGACAGGCCCUCCUUGCAUAUGAUCAAGAUAGCUCUAGCUCCUCUUCCACUGGUCAGUAUUAGGGUCCUGGUCAGUACUACAACCCCUACAGCACUUCUCCACCUACAGGAGGCUUUCUGUGGCCACCUCCAGGGACCAUGAACCCAUCUGUUCCGCGGUCAGUUGCAGCGCUGCCUUACUUGCAACUUCACGGCUACACACCAUAUGGAGUUCCUUAUGGUCAUGGGUCCGGACAGCCUACGUACCCAUAUUUGCCAGAAACAAGUGAGUCGUAUGAGGGACC